CGAGCGGCCACAGCGGCGGCGCCAGCAGCGACCACAAUGAAUGUGGAACAUGAAAUUAGCCUCCUAGUUGAGGAGAUUCGGCGGCUGGGAACCAAAAAUGCUGAUGGACAAGUGAGUGUGAAAUUUGGUGUGCUGUUUGCUGAUGAGAAGUGUGCCAACCUCUUUGAAGCCCUGGUGGGAACGCUUAAGGCAGCAAAACGACGGAAGAUCAUCACUUACCAAGGAGAGCUGCUUUUACAAGGUGUUCAUGACAAUGUGGACAUCAUGCUGCUGCAGGACUGAUGCAGUAUUUCAGCUAUGCAUUAAUGGAAUUGUUUGAAACAAUUGGAUCAAUCAAACAAUUGUUUGAUUUGCCACAUACUCUUAAUAAGGCUGAUCAUUCCAAUGCAUUUUGAUGUAUUUUGUAUAUCUUUAUAGUCAAAAGAAAAGUGUCCUAUUUUGAAAAACAUUCCCUUUUGUAAGUCUUCCUAAAAUGGUACUGUAUGUGAGUAAUAUAAAAGAUGCCAGAUCUUUUUCCUCUCUCUUUUUUUGUCUUUUUUUUUUUUUUUUUAAAUCUCAGGUAAUUCUCUCAAAUGUCUGGUGGUUAUUUUCAACAUAUGAAGAAGAGGACUGGUAAUUUAAUGUUUACAAAUGAAAAUGUGCCAUGAAAGUACAAAAUAAAAGCACAUACUUACAUUUGUGUUAUUCUUA